ACUCUAUGCACUUGAGCUUGCAACAUGAAGAAAGCAAAAAGUCUUAACGAGUCACGGUGGAAAUCGUGAGACACUCAAUUAGCUUCAUUCUUCACAGACCAUUGCACAAAAAUGCUUCGCGACUUUCAUGCAUUAUUUUGAAGCGAAUAUUCGCCCUUGUAAGAUACUUCAGAUGACAUAAGAAAAUGAUCAUUGCUUGACAGACCUGUACAAAAUACAGCUGAUGCAACUCUUCCUAGGACAACACUACACAAUCCAACACCAGCACCAAGCUCAAGCCCAUAACAGCCGGCAAACCUACAAGAAAACGUUUUGAUGUAAAUCACUGAUCAGACCCUGAUAAGAAUCUCAAUGUGUUUUUGAUUCAAUUACAUGUCUUCAUUUUCCAAAAGAAAGGAGCAAAAACAUGGACAUCUGAAAGAACAGUUUCAUUGGGCUCCAUUGUAAAUCGGGAUYCCUGUGUCGUCGUGCUCAGCUUCCUUGAAUGUCUCGGUCCAAUAUGACCGAGUCAGCCUAGUGAUGAAUUAAGUAAUUAGUCAAGAUGGAGGGCAAAGCACAUUUUGUUUCGCCCGAAAUUCAAGAUAAUCCUGAUGGAUGGGGGCCUUGUAGUGUCCCUACAGCUUUCAAAGACAUCCCAUAUCAACCAUUUUCUAAAGGAGACCGAAUAGGAAAGGUUUCUGAUUGGACUGGCAACAUUUAUCAAGACAGACGUUAUGCUAACAAAUACCAAUCUCAGUUUGGUGCUGGAAAUCAGACUUUCUCAUAUUAUCAUGAAGAGGAUGAAACCUCAUUUCAGCUUGUUGACACGUCCCGACCUCAACGACCAGCUUACUUGAAGAACAGGAAUAGGGUAAACAUGAGAGGAAGAAACAGAGACCAGAGAGGUGGUCGUUAUGGGAACCAGCGAUUUGACAAUAAUCAGUCUGGUGGUAUGCAAAACUUGAUGAGAGGGCGCGAUAAUCGCAAUAAAUUCCAGCGCAGAAUGCAGAGGAACUAUGGCGGUGGACGAUGGGGAGACAGAAAACAGGGGGUAAGUUUGGCUUUAUGAAACUUUUGAAACAAG